AUGUCAUUUACACCAAUCGAAGACGUCAUCGAACAUUUCAAACAAAAUAAAUUUGUUAUUGUUAUGGAUGAUGACUCGAGAGAGAAUGAAGGAGAUUUAAUAGUGGCGGCUGAAAAUAUUACCUCAAGUCAAAUGGCUUUCUUAGUACGCUAUUCUUCAGGUUACAUAUGUGCACCAAUGUCAAAUGAAUAUGCGGACAGAUUAGACCUACCAUUGAUGAGACAAAAUAUUAAAUGUUUAUCUAAUGCAGAUGAUAGACACGGUACAGCUUACACAAUUACAUGCGACGUUGCAGAAAACACCACUACAGGGAUUUCGGCUCAUGAUAGAGCCUUGACCUGUAAAGCAUUAGCCGAUCCAGCCAAUAAGCCAAUAAACUUCUUAAAACCUGGUCAUAUUUGUCCCUUGAGAAGUGCUGACAAAGGUGUCUUACAAAGAAGAGGUCAUACUGAGGCAGCUGUUGAUCUUUGUAAAUUAAGUGGGUUGCCACCUGUUGCAGUCAUUGGAGAACUUGUUAAGGAUGAAGAUGGCUCUAUGAUGAGAUUGAAAGAUUGCGAGGAGUUCAGUAAGAAACAUAAUAUCCCAUUGGUUUCAAUCGAAGAUCUUGUAAAAUAUCUUUCAAUUAAAUAA